UCCCACUUUUUCAAGUCACAUUUUUCAUUAAUGUUUUUGGAUUUAAUUUCGUUUUUGUCAGCUAAGAACACAUGUUUAAAUCAAAAGAAACAUGUCGAGACAUAAUCAUAUUGCGCGAAGAACGCGAAGAAUCUUCAAUUCCGAAGAAAUCGAAAUUGGCAAAAGUCAAGAUUAUUAAAUCCAUUCAUCCGCCAAUUGAAUCCUACUAUCUUCUUCCUUCUGCAGAAGAAACCAAGGCUUCUUCAUCUAUCUCGGGUAUCAAGUCAAUGUUGAUUAAGCCUUUCAAGAUUCGAGAUUCGUUGAAGAAAUAUGGAAGGACCGAAAGCUUGAAGGAUGUUCUUGAAGGAACUCAUGAUCCUAGAGAUGAACAACGUGUUGAAGCUUUUCGAAAAUUGUUGUUUCUUGAAGGUUAUUUACUAGGGAAUAAGCAUAAUGACUAUCACACUCUUUUAAGAUUUCUACGGAUGAGGGACUUUGAUCUUUCAAAAGCAAAGGAAAUGUUCAUAAAUUAUCUCAAGUGGCGUGAUGAUUAUAAGGUUGACGCAAUCCCAAAGGAAUUUAAAUUUAAGGAGCACACAGAAGUAAAGAAAUGCUAUCCUCACGGGUUCCAUGGGGUUGAUAAAUGUGGCAGACCAUUAUACAUUGAAAGGAUUGGAAUGGUAGAUUUAAUUACACUAUUCCAAGUUACAAACAUUGAAAAAUUUGUAAAGUAUCACGUCUCUGAACAAGAAAAGACUUUGAAUUUGAGGUUUCCCGCAUGUUCGAUGGCAGCUAAGAUGCAUAUCGCAUCAACGACAAGUAUUCUAGAUGUCAAAGGAGUGGGAAUGUCCAACUUCUCAAAGCCUGCAAGAUGUCUGUUUAUGGAAAUUCAGAAAAUCGACAGUAACUACUAUCCUGAGACAUUAAAUCAACUAUUUAUAGUGAAUGCUGGAUCUGGAUUCAGGAUGUUAUGGAAAGCUCUGAAAGCUUUUCUUGAUGUCCGUACAUUAGCAAAGAUUCAAGUAUUGGGAUCCAACUACCAGAAUAAUCUGCUUGAAGUUAUAGAUGCAAGUAAUCUGCCAAGUUUCUUGGGCGGAAAUUGUACAUGUUCUGAUUACGGUGGUUGCUUAUUUAGUGACAAAGGACCCUGGAACAAUCCGGAUAUUACAGAAAUGCUUCAGAUUGUUUCUGAAGCUGAGGAAAUUAAUAAUGGACAGAACAAUGACAUAGUUUCAAAAGAGGGUGGCGAAAAUACAGAAAUUGAUACAAGACAAGAUGAUUCUGAAAAUGGAAAAACAAAAUCUCUUGAGAAAAAGAAGCUUCAGGCUCAAAAAAUCCAAGCACUUGAAGCUUCUCUUACACAAACUAACCUUAAACUCAAAGCAUUGGAAUUAGCUCUUCAAGAAACCAAGAUGGUAUUGGAAGAACUUGCACUACAGUUAGCAGCACUUAGAAAUUGAAUCAUUGCAUCAUCACUGUGGAUUAAACCAAACACUGUUUUUUCUGUUGCUGAAAAACCCAAAAAGCAAAGAAAAGAACAUAAAUGUAUUGUUCAUAAUUUCAUUUUCUCAUGAGUCGCAUACAAUACUUAAUUCAUAUCUGAAGAGUUCUACAAACAAUUAUUGUAAGAUGUUUAAUGAUGAGAUCAAUUUUAUGGCUCAUAAUUAAACUUUCCAACUCCAGAUUCAACCCAAAAAGUACCAAAAAGAUAUGGGGUUUAAAGAACAUUCAAUUUCUUGCUCCAUUUA